AUGUCCACCCAAAGGCCAACUACAUCAAAAAAUACGACUCUCGAUCCUCAAGGAGUGCCUUCUUCUGAACAAGGCUCGUCACGAAAGAGAAAGCAAGCGUAUAAUACAGCCAGCCUCGGUCUUGACGUGACAGCAAACCUAGCCGAGGCCUCUGAUAUACUUGCUCCUCUCAAAGCAGCUUGUAGAGUAACCAAGUCAAUUCUUAAUGUUAUUCAAGCUAUUGAUGAUAAUCAAGAAGGAUGGAGCGACCUAGUACGGCGCUUGGAAGAAUACAUGUCGGCUAUUGAGCACCAAGUCGACUCGUUCGAAAACUAUCCUGCAGAAGAUAGAGUCGUCGACAAAGCCUUCAGUCAACCACUCAUUCAUUAUGUGGAUACUGUUGCCGAUUUUAGACAUAAACGAACCCGGGGUGCACAUGGCGUGCUUACUACGAUCAGCAAAACAAAACUUGAUGCCGAAGUGAUUCGUCAAUUCAAUAUCGAUAUUGAAGACCGACAUAGACAGUUCAUGGAAGCAUUGACUCUAUUUACUGCACUCCGUAUUCAAGUCAUCGAAUGGAAUACCAAGGCUACCAAGUCCAAGGUUGACAGUGUCCUGACAGACGUCGACGCAAAUGCCAUACUCCAGUUGCCCAUGGCGGCAUUUGUCGCAUCUUCUGUUCAUAGUACUUGUCUACAAGGGACCAGACAGGCUGUUCUUCAGACGAUCUGGCGUUGGGCCGAGGACGACUCGUUGGAAAAGUCAAUAUUUUGGCUGUGUGACAUAGCUGGCUCCGGCAAAUCAACGGUCGCAAUGUCCGCCGCAGAAGCGUGGCGUACAGAAGGAAUGCUCGGAGGCCAGUUCUUCUUCUCCAUGGCAAAUAGCGAAGCGUCCAACACCGGGAAGUUUUGCUCGACCCUGGCGAGAGAUCUCGUUCACCACCUCCCUGAACUUGCACCGCACGUCGCAGAAGCUGUCAAGCAUAACCCUUCUGUCAUGCGAAGUGCAUUGGCGGAACAAUUUCGUACGCUCAUUACAGGCCCACUCCGUCAUCGGCAACAGCGCGUGAUUCUCAUCAUUGACGCCAUCGACGAGUGUAAGUCCGGGUCGCAACGAAAAGAACUUCUCGACACACUUGUCAUGGCCACUAGAGAAAGCGUGAACCUCAAGGUAUUCAUCACAAGUCGACCGGACCCCACUAUCGAAUCAGUUUUGCAGCCACUUUCGAUCAAGGCAAAGCUGGAAGACCGCCUACAUGAUACCAAUCAUCAGGAUAAUAUGAGUGACAUUGCGGUCUAUGUACAUCGGUCGCUAGAUGGAAUUCUAUUGCAGGACAAAAGGCAACGGUUGGUCGAAAAAGCCAACGGAUUGUUCAUCUGGGCAAGCACAGCAUGCCGAAUGCUUACAAGCAAGUCCAAGUUGAGCCCACCAGAGGAUAUAUAUAUCCGCCUGAUAUCCAUGGACCAACCUGGAGCUAUAGACGAUGUUUACAAUCUCGUCUUCGAGCGUACAGACCCAGAAUACUAUGUUGUCAUGUGUGAAAUGCUCUCGCUGCUGCUUGCUGCUUUUGAGCCGCUCACGAUUGAUGACCUAGACGAUCUUCUCAGACACUCUAAAGUGCGCGGAAGUGGCAAAGCGUUGGUGGAAACUUUGGGAAGCGUACUCACCAAAGAUGCGACCACAAAUCUUAUUCAAUUUCGCCACCCUACUCUAGUUGAGUACCUUCGACGCUGCUCUACUAUCCCGGUCAGAGAGAACGGCAACAGAAUCUACAUCAAUCUCGCCAAUGCUCAUGGGCAAGCCGCGUCGUGGUGUCUUAAAUGUCUCAAGUCGCAGACAGAAGGUCUCAAGUUCAACAUAUGUCAACUUAGAUCAUCCUUUUACCCAAAUAGGGAGAUUCCGAACAUUGACGCCAAAAUAUCAAAAUUUAUCCCCAAAAAGCUUCGAUAUGCCAGCUCCCAUUGGUUGUUCCACACCUCAGAAACGGACGACCUCUGGCGAUUCACACUCCAGAAAGAAGUUCAACACGCUAUCCGAAUUCCGGGCUUGUUGUACUGGAUGGAGGUUCUGAGCUUUACAGGGGGAGUCUCGCGAGCGAUAACCGGUCUUCGAACUGUCACACGCUGCAGAAUCGAAGAUGAAGUAAAGAGCAGCAUGAGCGAGAUCAUACGGUUUAUGAUGGCGUUUUCGGUGCCGAUUCAGGAAAGUGCACCACACAUCUACAUUUCCGCACUUCCAUUCACUCCUAAAAGGUCAAUUAUGUAUAAUGAGGCCAUAAGUGAGUAUAAUAAUAUCCUCACUGUGGCCCAAGGGCAUCAGGAGAAGUAUCCUGGUCUCCCUACUAGUCUUCAAGGCCACGAAAGCUCGGUCAACGCAGUUGCAUUCUCUUCAGACGGUCUUCGAGUUGCCUCCGGCUCGUCUGAUAAGACGAUUCGACUUUGGGAUGCAGAUACUGGCCAGUCGUUGGGAGAACCACUCCGAGGUCACGGAAACUCGGUCAGAGCUAUAGCUUUCUCCCCAGACGGCUCACGAAUUGUCUCUGGUUCGUUAGACUGGACAGUUAGACUUUGGAAUGCGGACACUGGGCAGACAUUGGGAGAACCACUUCAAGGUCAUGAAGGCUGGGUCAUGGCCGUCGCAUUCUCGCCAGACGGCUUAUAUAUUGCCUCUGGCUCGGAAGACAAUACGCUUCGACUCUGGGAUGUGGACACUGGACAGCCAGUUGGAGAACCACUUCGAGGUCACAAAGAUUCGAUUAACACCGUUGCAUUCUCACCAGACGGCUUUCGAAUAGUCUCUGGCUCGUCCGACUGGACGGUUAGACUUUGGGAUGUAAACACCGGUCGGGCAUUUGGGAACCCAUUCCGAGGUCACUGUGGCUGGGUCAACGCUGUCGCCUUCUCCCCAGAUGGCGGAAAAUUUGUUUCAGGCUCAUCUGACUGGACGGUUCGACUUUGGGAUGUAAAAACCGGUCAGACAUUGGGAAAACCAUUCCGGGGUCACAAUGGCUGGGUCAACUCUGUCGCGUUCUCCCCAGAUGGCUUACGAGUCGUCUCCGGCGCAUAUGACAGGACAAUCCGGCUUUGGAAUGCAACGACCGGGUACACUUUGGGAGAACCAUUUCGAGAACAUGAAGAAUCCGUCAUGGCGGUCGCAUUCUCACCAGAAGGCCUACGAAUUGUCUCCGGUUCAAGCGACAAGACGAUCAGAUUUUGGGAUACAGGAACCGGUCGCUCUUUGGGAGAGACAUGCCAAGGUCACCAGGACUGGGUCACCGCUGUUGGCUUCUCGCCUGAUGGCUUACAGAUCGUCUCUGGCUCGAGCGACAAUACAAUCCGACUUUGGGAUGCAGAAACUGGUGAACAGUUGGGAGAGCCACUUCGAGGUCAUAAUUAUUGGGUCAAUGCCGUUGCAUUCUCACCCGACGGCGCAGAGAUUGUCUCUGGAUCUUACGACAAGACGAUUCGACUUUGGAGUGCGGGCACUGGUCAGCCUGUGGGCGAGCCAUUUCGAGCUCACACAGACUCGGUCAGAGCCAUCGCCUUCUCGCCAGAUGGCUCACGAAUCGUCUCUGGUUCAUCCGACCGGACAAUUCUACUUUGGGAUGUAGAAACUGGUCAGACAAUGGGAGAGCCACUUCGAGGCCACGAAAGCUCGAUAAACGCAGUCGCAUUCUCGCCAGAUGGCUCGAGGAUAGUCUCUGGGUCAAGCGACCACAAGAUCCUCAUCUGGGAUUCCGAAACCGGUCGGUUGGUACGAGGGCCACUUGGAGGUCACGGGUACUCGGUGAACACUGUCUCAUUCUCCCCAGAUGGCUCAAGAAUCGCCGGUGGCUUGUCUGACUGGACGAUUCGGCUUUGGGAUGCAGACACCGGUCAGCCAUUGGGAGAGCCGUUCCGAGGUCACAAAGAUUCAAUUAACGCCAUUGCGUUCUCACCAGACGGCUUCCGAAUAGUCUCUGGCUCGUCCGACUGGACGGUUAGACUUUGGGACGCAGAUACUGGUCAGCCAUUGGGAGAGCCGCUUCAAGGUCAUAGAAGUUUGAUCAGAGCCAUCGGAUUCUCACCAGAUGGACUACAGAUCGUCUCUGGCUCUGACGACAACACAAUUCGACUUUGGGAUGUACACACUGAUGCGUACACGAACAGCUCCAAUCAGGGUGACAGAGAUUCUGCCUGUUCAGGUGUCAAAGACGACGUUCCCGGUACUCCACUCAAAAUCCUCGUACCGGGAUUCGAACAAUGUACACUUUUGCACGAUGGUUGGGUGCAAUCUUCCGGGAAACGUUUAUUCUGGGUGCCACCUGACAAUCGACAUGGGCUACAAUAUCCUUAUCUACUUCUGACUAUGCCAACGGCGAGUCCAUAUCGUGCAACCAAACUUGACUUCACCUACUUUCAAUGUGGCUCCUCCUGGACCAAUGUUCGAAAGGGCACCAAUACGAACCGAUGA